AUGCCUGUUAACGAGAAUGAUUUCAAUGAUCCUGAGAAGUAUAUCAACGACGAAUCAAUCGAGUUAGCUUGGGCCAUCAAGGCUGCUGAAAGGGCAAACAUUCAUAUAAAUUUGUUAAUGGGAUGUGAUACCAAAUCUUUAAAGUUGAACAGACAUCAACCCGAUAUUGACAAAGCCUUCAGAGAAGCGUUUCCAGAUAUGAAUGUUCGAAUGGUUGGUGAAACAGAGCUUAAAAGUGGGGAUAUGAAGGAAAAAUGGAGAGUUUUCUGCGAGCUAUUCAAGGAGUCGAUCGAUGACUACUCGAUGGGAACUCUUAUGCGGAUUGAAGCCCAAAAGGCAUAUUCUGAUGCCAACACUAUUAUCGUGCCAAAGAUUAUUUUCCUUGCUGUCGAAGGCGCAAGAAAUACAGAGGGUAUCAAUGAAGAUUUGAAGCAAUGCUAUACAUUGGAUCACCAGUUAAAUACUGCUCCUUUAUAA